CGCUCUCACUUCCGCAGAGCUGGGUCUCAUAUAACUGACUGGGUUCUCCGAACCAUGUUCACUUUAAGGACCGACUGAAGUGACACCCCGGGGACGUGCUGCCGGAGACUCGCCUGCGAGCCGCUCAGAGGUGACCAACCUGGUUUCGCCCCGAUAUUUAACCGAGUAACUUCAUCAGCGAGCUAACGACUUUCUGUUCCUCAAGCCAGUCCAUCCUUUGAUUUCCUUGUUCAAUAAUGGGUGAUCACGCACAAGAUGGUGAAUUGGAAUCGGACUACAGGACUGACUUCUCCCUGAUGAACAGCCGUCUCAGCUCGUUCCAUGGCUCCAGAGUGACCCAGCUGGUGUCUGCAGAAAAGCUGGCCCGGGCUGGUUUCUACUUCACUGGCCAGGCUGACCGUGUCCGCUGUUUCAGCUGCAAGAAGACGGUGGAGAACUGGUGUGAGGACGACACACCCGUCGAGAGGCACAAGGAGGUUUCCCCGUCUUGCAUGUUUCUGAGCUGCAUUCACCGGAUCGGUUCUGAGUCCCCGCUCACUAACGGCUCUGUCUCCAACGAGGACGCAGUGGACAUGGAAUAUCGACUGAGGACGGGAGAAGUGGUCGAUGAGAGCACCUACCCAUUAAGCCCUCACAUGAGGAAUGAAGAAGCCCGACUCCAGACCUUCUCAUCGUGGCCCUCUAAUAAUCCGAUGAGACCCCGAGAUCUGGCCCAGGCAGGCUUCUACUACUUGGGACAGGACGACUCCGUGCAGUGUUUCUGCUGCGGCGGCAUGUUGAGCUGCUGGGCAGCGGAGGACAACGCGUGGGACGAACAUAGCAAAUAUUACUCCAACUGCUUUUUCAUCCUCGGGCACGAUGUGGGUAAUGUCCCAUUCCAGGGGGGCCCGAUAGAGGAGGAGAGCGGCAGCAGCAGUCAGCGUGGAAGCACAGACGUCCUCAUGGGGAGUCUGGAGGAGAGACUCAGAAGCUUUGCAGGUGUCCAGCACCCUAUCGAGCACGAGAGGCUCGCCAGGGCCGGUUUCUACAGCACAGGGACAGGAGACAAGGUUUUGUGUUUCCGAUGUGGUGGAGGGUUGAAAGGCUGGCAGCCUGAAGAGGAUCCGUGGGAGGAACAUGCCAAACACUACCCAGGUUGCAGCUUUGUGUUAGCAGAGAAAGGACAGGAGUUUGUGAGCAACAUUCAGCUACGAGGACCGUCACACAACCAAUCAAAUCCAAGUCAUCAGAAUGGAUUUUCAGGGGCCAAGAAUGACGUGCUGCAGUCCCCGAUGGCCCAGAAGGCCAUAGAGAUGGGUCUUGACCCCAGCGUGGUGGAGAACAUCAUCUUGGAGAAAAUCAGCAGGACCGGCUCGGGAUACUCCAGCCUGGAGCGGCUCAUCGAGGACACGCUCAGCAACACACCAGGCAGCGACGCUGCCAAGACUGAAGAGAAAGAUGAAGACCCACUGGAGAAGCUGCGGAAGCUGCAACAAGAGAAACAAUGCAAAAUAUGUAUGGACAGAGAUAUCUGCAUUGUUUUCAUCCCGUGCGGUCACCUGGUCAGCUGCAAAGAGUGCUCAGGGUCGCUGGUCAAGUGUCCCAUCUGCUGCCAGUCCAUAUCGCAGAAGAUCAUGACCUACAUCGCUUAAAGGGACCCCCAGACUCCUGCCGAUCAACAGUGCUGCUUUCCAACUAUCCUUUUAAUCCAGUUGUAAUUGAAUUAAAAACAUAAAUGAACAGCAGAUAGGCUGCAAUAUAUUUAUGGAUUGUUUUGUUUCUUUUGAAAUCAGAGGAUGAGAGAAUUAUUUUCUCAUUUAGUGGGUAUGUAUAUAGUGCAGAUUUUUCUAGGUCAGAAAUGAUUACUGAUAUAUAUAAAUACUCACUAAUGGGCGUUUUUCAUUCUUGGAAACACGUACUGCCCGAUGUGCCUUCCUUUAUUUAGGUUUAUGUAAUCCAUGAGUCUCCUUGGUCACAGAUAAACUAAAUCUGACACUGAAAGUUUGUCUCAUGUCUGACUUAUGUAAUUUAUCUUGUUUUAUGUUGAAAUGAACUUUCAUCUCUCUCUGGCUGUUCCACUGACAUUGUGGACAUUAACCCAUUUAAGAAUUUGCUUUUAUCAUUAAGAAACUGUAGUUUAGGAACCGCAAGGAAUUAGUGUGUUGUGACCUUACUUUACCAUUCCAUCAUGAUGCUAUCAAGAGUCAAUAAAUCUUCUGAGUUGGUGUUGAAGUAUGUUUUUUUUUCAUUAUUGUCAUUACACUGCAUCUAAAUGGAAGAUAGACAUCUAUGAAGGGCUUGUAUGAUAAGCAAAUAAACAUUUCCUUUAAAUCAAUCAGUCCU